AUCAAUUCAUGUGGGAUGUCAGUGUUAACACUGAUACUACCUACUAUAACCUUACUACAACCUUCUGGACUGUCUACUGUCAACAAAACAAUACUCAACAGUGUGUUUAUAUAUGCCUCUGGUGUAUUAUUUUCGUUUUUGAUUUAAAUUUUUUAUAUCUGUAUCAAAAUGGAUCACAUGCUUGCAAGUCCGUUUAAUUUACCUAGUAUAGGUACUCCAGUCCAUCAACCCGAAGAAGAUCAACAGAUAUUACCUAUAGCACAACAGCAACAACAAUUACAACCACCUCUGCAAAUGCCACCUUUACUACCAAUACAAUCUUCAAUUAAUCAGCCAAAACCAAUGAACACUUAUGCCCCUUCAAUGGGUUUCACAACACCGCAAAGUAUGAUGCAUCCACAAACACCACAAAACCUCAUGUCACCUAUGGUAAAUAGAAUGGACCAGACGCCAAAUAGUAUUAUUAAUCCAACCACUCCUGGACCAAUGACACCUAUGACACCAUCGUCUGCUGACCCUGGUUUUAUGCCGCAGUUACAGAAUAUAGUGUCUACUGUCAAUUUAGGUUGUAAAUUAGAUCUUAAAAAGAUUGCAUUGCAUGCAAGAAACGCUGAAUAUAAUCCAAAAAGAUUUGCUGCUGUUAUCAUGAGGAUAAGAGAACCCAGAACAACAGCUCUUAUUUUUAGUUCAGGAAAAAUGGUUUGCACUGGUGCAAAGAGUGAGGAUGAUUCUAGACUAGCAGCAAGGAAAUAUGCACGAAUAAUUCAAAAAUUAGGAUUCCAGGCUAAAUUUCUAGACUUCAAAGUACAAAACAUGGUUGGUAGUUGUGAUGUUAAAUUUCCCAUAAGAUUAGAGGGUUUGGUUUUAACUCAUGGACAAUUCAGCAGUUAUGAACCUGAACUUUUUCCUGGACUUAUUUAUCGAAUGGUGAAACCUCGCAUUGUUUUAUUAAUAUUUGUAUCAGGAAAAGUCGUACUCACAGGUGCCAAAGUACGUCAAGAAAUUUACGAGGCAUUUGAUAAUAUCUACCCAAUAUUGAAAAGUUUUAAGAAACAGUAAUGAAUACGCAGGGACUAAAUUAAAUUUUUUGUGAUCAAAAUGAUUCAGCACUGAUGCUGAUUUUGUACAAAUUGUAAUAAAUGUAAUAUUUAUUUUAUUUUCAGAAGUGAAUAUUUAUAUAUUGUUAAUUUAAAAAUAAAAAAAUUUCUUGAUGUUAAUAUUA